AACGAGUCUAUUCCCCAAGUCGUCGACAUCUUCUCUUGUCGUAGUAAGGUUAUUUGGAUCCUCCACUUCCAAAUCCCACGACCCCAUCCUGAGGAAUGGUUUUCCUAGUUCCAUUCUUCGCCAACCUUGCAUCCUCGAUCUCAUCACACUUCACCACCACUGGAUUCCACCGUUCGGCAUUCUUUCCGUCGCCAUUUCCUCUACACAUUCACCCCGUCCAGUCGUCGAGUCCCAGUCUCAUCCGACCAAAUGGCCGUCAUGGGACGGCAGUGAAGGUCGCACAUUUCCGAUACUCGGUUCCUGCAUAUCCUUGGAAGAAACCAUGCUGUCAUCUGGCGGGGCGAGAAACCAACUGUUCAGGCGCCUAGACAUUCGAACCCGCGGGAAGAGUCAAAGUGAGAGGUGUUGGGGACGACACCUGCUUGCGCUCGGCUCAUCCUAGCUGUAAUUCUACUAUUACUAUUAGUGAUCAGGAGUCACCGCUAGUGUCAAACU